AUGGAUCACCGUGGUAAAGGCCGAGGCCGAAGUCGAGGUCGAGGUCGAGGGAGACGGGUUGAACCCCUCCGUGAUCAAGGGGGCGAUAGAGCGUCUGAGGUGAACCAAAAUCAUGGACCCGAGGGCGGGGGCGGAGAUCAAAUGGCCACCGCUAUUAAUAGGAUAACUGAAGUACUAGAGCGUUUGGCGGACCGUCAAGGUCCUGGAUUAGCGCAACAACAACCUGGAUGGCAGGUAGAUACGGAAGAUAGGGCUUUGGAAAGGUUCCUGAAGUUUGGGCCGCCUAAGUUUCAAGGUGGGCCAGAGCCUGAGAUAGCUGAGGGAUGGUGGGAGAGAAUAUCUGAUAUUUUUACCACCCUGGAUUACACUGAAGGGCGAAAGGUGACCUUUGCGUCAUUUCAAUUUGAGGGAGUUGCACGGUCAUGGUGGAAUCUAAUUAAGGCUAAGUGGGAUAGAGACCGUACCCCUAGUACUUGGGCAAAUUUCACCCGUGAGUUUAACGCCAAAUUCCUUCCAACCCUAGUCCAAGAGAAAAAGGAAGAUGACUUUAUUAAGUGCAAACAAGGGGCCAUGAGUAUAGCAGAGUAUGAGACCAAUUUCACUAAAUUAGCUCGUUAUGCCCCUGACCUUGUAGCCACUGAGCAGAGACGCAUUAGGAGAUUUGUGCAAGGGCUCAAUGUAGAGAUUCAAGAGGGGCUAGCAACUGCUCAAAUUAGCACUUAUAGUGACGCCGUGGAGAAAGCUCAGAGGUUUGAGACGGCUAGAGCCCAAUCUAAGUCAUUCUUUGCUAGAAAAAGGAAUGCCCCUAGUGGUAGCAGGGACCCAGUUUCGGCAAGUGCCUCACCGCUUAAGAUGGGUAGAGGAACUGGGGUAGUGAACAUCCCUAGUGCUUUGAGAGGUGCUUUAGCAAGGGGAGCUGGAACUAGAGGCUCUGGGGCGAGAGGUUCUGGAAUAAGAGGAGGUCAAAGUGGAAGGGGACCCUCUAGGAGUGCUCCGCGCGUUGAACAAGUGUCAACCCCUCAGAUAACCUGUGGUUACUGUGAAAAAGUCAAUCAUACCGCAAAUGAGUGCUGGAGAAAGGAGGGCAAGUGCCUCAGGUGUGGAAGUGCUGAGCACCAAAUUGCUAAUUGUCCUAAGAUUUCCGAGAAUGGGGAAAGCCAAGGAGGUGCCACAAUUUCUAGGCAAACUACUUCUGGAGGGAGUCGGCCAAAGGUUCUGGCUAGGGUUUACGCCCUAGAUAGUCAACAUGUACCUGACCCUUCGGAGGUAGUCGAAGGUACACUUCCAAUCUUUCACCGAUUAACUAAGGUUUUAAUUGAUCCCGGUGCGACCCAUUCAUUUGUUAAUCCUGCUUUUAUGUGUGGAAUUGAUGUAAAACCUGUACGAUUACCCUAUGAUUUGGAGGUUAGGACUCCUACAAGUAACAAGAGCAUACUCACUAGCUUAGUUUAUCAGGAGUGUAAAUUCUGGAUUAGGGAACGAAAAAUACUAGUUGACUUGGUGAGUUUGGACCUUAAGGGGUAUGAUGUGAUGUGA